AUGGGUUUAUUUACCAUCUCUAACGGGGAGUCGCUGAGGAGUUACCUUGAUCGGUAUAACCGUAUGUCGAUCAAGAUAAAAGACCUCAGCGACGAAAUCGAUAGGCAUCACUUUUCAUACGGACUGCAGUCGGGCGUGUUUGCAAACAAGAUAAGUCGCAAGAAGCCAAAGACGAUGGAAGAGAUGAGGGAGCGAGCGGCCAAGUUCAUCCGGAUGGAAGACAUGCAGGAAUUUAGGGUGAAGAAGAGGGAGAAGGAAGAUGCAGCAUCACAAAAAAGCGCCCCCCGACCGAGCAAACCCCUUGCUCGGCCCAACGAGAAGAAAACGUACAAGUUCACCACGUAUACCCCCUUGGCUGUUUCCCGGGCGAAGAUCUUGCAAGAGGCCUUCAGUGCCGACUCACUUCCACCGUCCAGAAAGAAGCCUCCACCUCCCGACGCCGAUCGCAGCAAGCACUGUCAGUACCAUCGGACGAUCGGCCAUACCACGGAGGAGUGUCAUACGCUCCGCAACAAGAUUGAGGAGCUGAUUUGCCAAGGGCACCUGAAGAAGUACAUUCAGCAGGACCGCCCCCAGCGAAGCCCGAUCAGGAACAGAAGCCCGGCACGAAGACAAGCCCCAACCAAGUGGGAGAAGCGAGGAGGAUCGAGCUCAUCUGCUCGAAAGAGGCAUGUCCGGGCGCUCAAGUCGGUCCACCUGGUGGAGAAGAAGGUGCGAUCGAUGCCCCCUAUCACCUUCACCGACGAGGACUUCAAAGCCCUCGACCCCGAUCAUGACGACGCGAUGGUCAUCUCCAUCGAAGUAGCAGAGUAUGGGAUUGGGAAGGUCCUGGUAGAUCAGGGAAGCUCGGUCAACAUUCUGUACUAG